AGUCUGUUAACUGACUAGAAAUCUUGUUUGCAAUGUUUUGUUAAGAACUACAUACAAAAAGAAUACUUGUUUUGUUACGUCAAGCUUAGUAAACACUUCUUGGCUAGCAAUUCGUACAGGACAGAUAGUUGACUCAUACAGUUACCUUUGUAAGUUUGAGUGAAAAGAAAAGUUGGUUGGUUUGUAGCUUGUGAAAUGACAGUUAUCUCUUGGAAAGCUACAGCAUGAAGAUUACCAUCUUCAUUCUGCUGGUGGCUGAAUAUUUCCUUUUGCCUAUCCCAGAUUUUGAGUUCAUUUACAUUCUAACUGUUUAAUUAAGCAGUGUAGUUGUAAGUAGAUAACUUAAGGCAGAUUGAAGCUUAAUAGACUGUAUAGAAUCUGAAUCAUAGAAUUGCUCAGGUUGGAAAAGACCUUAAAGAUCAUCAAGUCCAACUGCAACCCAACCAUACUACUCCAACUCUAACAACGCUCUGCUAAAUGAUAUCCCUGAGCACCACAUCCAAACUGUUUUUAAACACGUUCAGGGAUGGUGACUCAACCACCUCCUUGGGGAGCCCAUUCCAGUGCUUAACAGCCCUUUCAGUAAAGAAAUAUUUAUGUUGUGUUUGUGAAAGGUUCUAUUAUACAUUCUGAAGACUCCUAUUGCCUGUCUUCAGCCAUAAAGAAGGAAUGUGCACGUGCUAAUCUGAUUAUUUAGGCUUUUCUCCAUAGUCAGUAGUGAUCUGUUUCAUGUUAUACUUCUCCCUGAAAGAUGGGAAAACUUGCUGUAUAAAUGUGCUCCCUCUGUCUACACCAGCAGCCCCAGUGAUUAGAGCAUAGUGUACAACUCGUUUUUCUUUAUGCUACAGUGCAAGCAGCAUACUUUAUUAGAAGUGCUUAUAAACUCAAGUUUGCUUCUUGGCUUGGGAGCUCUCCUAACACAGCAUCGUUCUUCCCAAUCAAGUUAACUUUAGCAGUACACUUGGCACUAGGAGGGCAUUUUGUUGUACAUGUUGAUUUAAACUUGCCAGAUUUUUCCAAAUAUAAAGGACUUACAGACUCUAAAAUAGAGAUAUAUAUUCCUGUAAAAUAUAUUCCUGUAUUUGCUGAAGGCAUAGAAGCUCUAGCAGAUAAGGUACUCAUCAUUUCCCCGUCCCUAUCUCCUCACCUUGGACCACUGGCUCCUAUGAAUGCAAAACUGAGUUCUGAAGCACAGCACAAAUACAAGACAAAUACAGUGUGGCAACCAAUGUAACUAAUGGCAGUGAAGACUCUUUUCAACUCACCUAUCUGGCAUAACUGCUUCAGUGACUAGAAUUAGCAAUAUAACACACAAUUCAUUAGAAAGCUAAAGACAUAAAAGUUUGCAAUCACAGUCAAGACUUUAGUAAGCUUUCUUAGUGUUCAUCUAUAGGGAGAUCUGCUUUACUGAGAAGCAGUCACACUGCCAGGGGUCUUUUCUAAUUAUUUCAAUUAUAACUUCUGCUGUGUGGCUUUCAGCAUCGUCAGGUUUUGUGGGUUUUUUUGUUUGUUUGUUUGUUUUUUUUCAACAAAGAUUUAUCAAAUGUCAUAAAGCUAAUUAUGCAGAGUAGAAGAAGAAAAACAGGAAUUUAUCCUAGCUGCUGGUGUGUGAAAAAGGAAUGUCAACGGCAGACAGAAACUACUGAGAUCUGCAGUAUUUCUGGCCUCUGGAGUCAUGCACAGGCAUGAUUAAGCAUGUAGAUUAAGCUGUGUUUUGUCCACACCCAGCUCAUACACAACACAGCUCUGGAGAGCUACAGAAUUGCAAGAUCUCUGAGUGACUCCCUUCGAAAACACUUGUGAUGUUCCUUGCUAAGGCUUUGCUGAGCGGAGGAAGUGGUAGUGGUCAAGGAGGGAGCCUUGUACGUGGCCUGGGAGGUCUCCUAACAGGAGGCAGACAUGGAGGAAAUCUUGGAGGACUUGUUGGAGGUCUUGUGAAUUUGAUAAGUGAAGCAGCAGCUCAGUAUAAUCCGGAGCCACCACCACCUCGCAGCCAUUUUACGAACGUGGAAGCUCACGAGAGUGAGGAAAUUAGACAGUUCCGUCGCCUUUUUGCCCAGCUGGCUGGAGAUGAUAUGGAAGUGUCUGCUACAGAGCUAAGAAAUAUCCUGAACAAAGUGCUUUCCCGACAUCAAGACUUGAAGACAGAUGGCUUCAGCUUAGACACGUGCCGCAGCAUGGUAGCUGUCAUGGAUACCGACACAAAUGGCAAACUGGGCUUUGAAGAGUUUAAGUACCUGUGGAACAACAUCAAGAAAUGGCAGUGUGCGUACAAGCGCUGCGAUACCAAUCAGUCCGGCAUUCUGGAGAGAGCUCAGCUGCCAGCAGCCUUGCAGGCUGCAGGGUUCCAGCUGAACGAACAGCUCUGCCAGGUGAUCGUGCGCAGGUAUGCCAGCGAGGAUGGCAGCAUGGAUUUUAACAGUUUCAUCAGCUGCUUGGUGCGACUGGACAGCAUGUUCCGGGCCUUCAAGGCGCUGGACCGCGAUGGAAAUGGGCAGAUCAAAAUGACCAUUGAGGACUGGCUGCAGCUGACCAUGUACUCGUGAAAGCAAAGCAGAAGAGAAUAAGCUUCAUUUGAAAGAUAUAGAUGGAAGACUACAAUGCUGUUGUGUUAUAGAACUGUAGCUGUUGCUUUAUUCUAAGGCAGAUAUAGCUAAAGAUAUUUUGCUUAGCUGUGAUUCCUCUUAUGUAUGCAUUAGCCUGCUUUUCUGAAGUUGUGUAAGUUGUCAGUUGUACAGAUGGUAAGAAAAUUAUCUCUAGACCCUGAAAUGAGGGAAUGUGUUGAAGGAUCAACGCUUAGUUACUUCUUCACUAAAUGUGGGCUUAUAAAGGAGUUUAAGUAUUAUAUAAAAAACUGUAAGUUUGGUAGUAUUUUGUGAUAUUACUGUGCCAAUUUGUCAGCAUUCACUAAGCUGAAAUAAAGCUGUGCUUGCCUGAAGGCAGUCAGUAGUAACGUUCAGUAGAUGGUGAUGGCUUAAUGGCUUAAAUGGUGUGGUUAUUUCUAAGCAGGGGGAUGAACAUUAAAGUUGCAGUGACUAUAAUGACCAAUUAAUAUUUUGCUUCCUUCCUACUACUUUUUCGUGCUGGUCUGCUGAAAUAAAAUCUGUGUGGUAUUGUCAGUUCUACUUGCCGGCAAAGACAAAAUUAAAGAUAACAGGCUACCUUAACAACCUUUUUCUCCUUCUGCAACUCUAUUACUAGUCUUUUCUCUCUCCUUGAAGCCUUAAUAUAGUUAUAAUGAAAACAGCUUAAAAUAUUGCAUUUAUAUUUAGGUUGCUGUAACAAUGUAGUCACACAGCAGCCAGCCAACAAAAAUCUACUUGUAGCUAUCAGAGGUGACUUUCGUCAGAGUGCAGCGUCCCACUUGAGCUAAGUGUGCAGUUUUGAGAUGUCAAUUUUUGAGUAAUAGAACGAGAAAUAACACGAACUGUCAAAGGCACACUAUUUCUGAAAUAAGGAUUACGUGGAUGAUGACAAGCAGCUUUUUCACUGUGGAGUGGCAAGGAAGGUUUCUCUGCAGGGCUCUGCUGCUUUAAAAGAAAAUUGUCUAGGGUGUGUGCUGGCUGAUUGGAAUGUGAAAUGAGGAGUGGAGCAGCACAGCCUGCGCAGAGACUCCAGAUGUAAGAGCCCAUGUGCCUCCUGCCCUCCUCACGGAGGUAUCAGUGACUAAUGGAGAAAUACCACACAGUAUCUGCAGGGCAACUGAAUACUAAAAUGGGGUUCUGUGGUUUGAUUUUGUUUCUAAAUUUCCAUAGCUUUGAUUUCUAAAUCUUACAGUCAGCAAUUAAUAUUUCCCAAGCUGAUGAAACCUCGUUGCUGCUAUGUUUGCAAAAGCCUUUUAAUUUUGGAAAAAAUAACUUACAACUUUUGCUUGGAUUUUUUGGUUUAAAAAAAAAACAACCUACGAGGUUUGCAUCAGAAUUUCCCUUUUGUUACUGGUUACAACUUGCAUGUAGCAACAAGCAGCUGAAAUUUCUGAGUUACAGCAAUAGCUUCUUACAUAAUGAGCCUGGAUAGGAAUAUGAGAUGUGCAACUGCAGUUCCUCUCCAGGUGUUCCAGUUGCAGCUUCUCUGUAAGCAACUCAGGGUGACUUGGCUAAUCAGAACAGGAACAAGUCACAAACACAUGAAAACAGGAAGAGGAAACUAGUUUCCUUUAAGAAAACAAGGUCUGUUGAGAAUACACUAUGCUUUGGAUGUUUUAAUGACAUAAAUACGAAUUCAUGAAUGUUAAUGUUAACUUCUGAUAUUUAGAGAAUUAGAACUUAGCUGACGUUGUGUUUCCUCAACAUAUACUUGGGUGCAUAGGGUGCAAACAGAGCAAGGUAUGUGUAGAACAACUAUGGCAAGUCUUCUUUGCAUUGAUGCUACAGAAACAUGGAGGAUUUUCUAGUGGUUUCAGUUUAACACCCAUGUGUUUGCAGCACCCUAUCGCUUUCCCUUAACCAAAACACCAGAGCAUCUGUAAGUUGGCCAACCUCUUAGGACUUAGUAGUAGUCACAACAUGAUCUUACAAGUAAAGUAACUUCAUUCUCAAAUGGCUGGAGUUCUCUGUGUCAGACUGCACUCAGUUCUGAUUAUUGGAUUUUAAUGCUUCAGCAAAAGUAACAUGAGCCUUAUUAGCUCUGUAGUUUCUAGAAUCUAGUAGUUUCUGAAUGAAAACAGCAUUUAUGAGAGAAUGUUGCCCUUCUCUAGUGAUGAAAAGCUGACAAAAUUUAUAUAUCCUUUGACAUGCAACUAUACCUUUGACAUGCUACCUUCAAGGUAACUUAGAUCUAUUCCAAUUUUUGCUAAAACAUUUCCUUAAAAUUGUAGGUCUUCAAAAUAUAGGAUGUUCAAAUGGUAGAUGCCUUGAAAAAGAUUGAUUAGACCAUCAGUGUAAAGAAAAAACAGUUAUCUGUGCAAACCAGUUCUGAAUUGUUAUUGAAUGGUAACUAAAAUCGAAUCUUAGUUUAAAAUCCUGCCAAAUGUGAAGCUUCCUGAAGUACUGGACGCACUGUGAUGCUGAUCAAGGACGAUCCUAAGAUCUCAGCUCAAUAUCAGAAAUCCGUGUUUCACAGAACGCAAGACUUCCAAAGCACUCUACAGAACAGCCUCAGCAUUUGUCCACUGGGGAGCUCCAUAUUCCACUGUUCAGUAGGAGGAAACUAUGAACAGAAAAGUUAAGACUGAUAUGCUGGAGUGGGCAUCAGAAGCUGGUGGGAGAGCCAGGAAUAGGAUCAAGAUCUGGCUGUAUGAGACAGAUUUACCCAGGAGACAGCCCGUCUGUUAAUUGCGUUGUCUGUGCUGUUCUCAGACUUAGGGAGCCCACUCUUUUGAUAAAAAAGAAAUUCUUCUUGAAAUGUACAGUGCAUUAUCCACAGAAGGAAAUCUGCUGUAUGUUUUUGUUUAAUUUUAGAACGUUUUUGACGAGUGUCCUUUUGGUGAAUAUUCCAAACUAUGGGCUACCAGUCAGGACAGCUGUGCUUUCAUUAACUGUCCCAUUGCAACGCUUACGGAGGCUUCUUCCCUACACUGGAUGUUUCCUAAAACCCUCAAGAAACUUUCAGGGUGGUCACAGGAACAUUACUGAUUUAAACAUGUAUUUCAGUGGAUUUCCUGUCUGGAAAUAUGAUGCAGUUUACAUAGAAUUGAUCACAAAUCCCAUCAAAGUAAAAUUCAAGUGUUUUGUUGGAACGGCUUUGUAGUGAGCACAUUCAAAUGUACUUUCAGAUCAAAACUGCAAUUAUCAAACAGGCUGCUACAAUUAAUUAAUUGCAUUUCUGGCUUACAAAGUAGGACAAUGUAUUUGCCUCAAAAUAGCAUGUAGGGCAAUGCAUUUGCUUCAAAGAAACGCUUAAGAGAGACCAUGUGCAUCAUCAGGCUGUACUUCUGCUGGCAUAUGUUUGACUGCUGCAGGUUCUGAGGAAGAAUUAACUCCAGACAGACAGCAGUCUCAGUGUUGGCCUCUCUGUUCUGGGAUGUUGCACUGUCUCUUGAGUUUCACUAAGUGCCAGCGCUCCACAAACUGUUACAUUUACCUUUAGCUGGUGUAUUCCCGUUCUUGUUCAGAAGCUUCUUGGAGGCCAUAUGCUAACAAAAGUCUCCUAAGUUGUUUCCAAUCUUUUUUUGUUUGGGUGCUUAUAAGAUAUUGGAAACAUGUAUAUCCUACUUCAUCCCCAGUAAUACACAAAUUUAGAAAGCUGUAUUUUCUGCAGGAAGAAAUAAUGAUUUAAUGUUGCAUGUUCCCUUAGUGCAUGUUGUAUAUUUGAUUUGUACAACCGCUUUUGAAGUGAUAUGCACUGUGAACUGUGACUCCUGCCAUACAUUUUUUGG